AUGGGUUGCUACUAUCGACAAGAUGUACUGGGCCAACCACGAGAGAUCGAAACUUCGGCCUCAGGCAGCAACGUUGCUAUUAUCCACGCAUCGACACGUCUUUCAUAUGUUCAUCCCACGAUCAUCUUUCGGGAAAAUGUUGAAAAUUCAUCUUGGCACAUCAGCGAGGAGUUUGAGGCGGACAAUCAGGCGAUUGGGAGACAAUUGGAUUUGCUGGAGAUGCCAAAAGCGAUACAUUUCGGAUGCGUUUCCGUGGAAGGUCGAACCUAUGUUGUGGAUGAUUGGAACAAUACACCAGCCACAAUUCUCUCGGCCAUACCCAAACGACUGCAUCUGAAAGAAAAUCAUCCGUUACGCAUCACACGCGAACUCAUUGAAUCAUGCUUUCCAGGUUACAAAUACUACAACAGUCUCUUCCCAAUCGUCAGUACCUUUCAGAAUUUCGAUUCCUUAGGAUUUCCAACCGAUCAUCCUGGUCGCAACAAAAGUGAUACAUAUUAUAUCAACAAGCAGACAGUGUUGCGAACUCAUACUUCUGCUCACCAAGCCGAUCUAUUCAAAGCGAACGAAAGCGACGGCUUUCUCAUCAGCGCUGACGUAUACCGCCGAGAUGCCAUCGACAGGAGCCACUAUCCUGUGUUCCAUCAAAUGGAGGGAGCGAUGACCUGGGAUCGAAAAUUUACCUCUGGUGGCGAUUACGUGAAGAAAAUAUGGGAGGCUACAAAUGCUAUUCCCAAGCACCAAAUAAAUGUCGAGGAUCCGAAUCCCACGGUGCAUCCAGAAAGAAAUCCUCUGCAACACCAGUACCAUUCACUAGAAGAAUGCGAGGCCAUGGCAGCUCACUUGAAGCGAUCUCUGGAAAAUGUAGUAGUGCAAAUUUUUUCACAGGCGCAACACGCAACUGCUGCAUCAACAGAUAAAGUCUUAACCGAGGAACCACUGCGAGUUCGCUGGGUAGAGGCGUAUUUCCCCUUCACGUCUCCGUCGUGGGAGCUUGAGGUAUGGUGGCAGGGUGAUUGGCUCGAGGUCCUAGGAUGUGGCAUUGUAAAGCAAAAUAUCUUGAACAAUGCUGACCAACACUCACGGUCGGGCUGGGCGUUUGGUCUGGGCCUGGAGCGUAUUGCUAUGCUGUUGUUCUCCAUUCCAGACAUCCGACUCUUUUGGUCAGACGAUGUUCGAUUUUUAUCGCAGUUCUCGAGCACGGGGCCCCUGAACCGAUUUGUACCAUUUUCGAAACACCCCGCUUGCUACAAAGACGUUGCGUUCUGGCUACCCACCACCUCAUCAGCAGCUGGAGGUCAAACAGCUGCUGCUCUGCACGAAAACGACGUAAUGGAGCUAGUGAGGGAAACCGCAGGUAAUCUCGUCGAGGAUGUGCGACUGACUGACGAGUUUACGCAUCCAAAGACGGGUCGCAAAAGCAUGUGCUACAGAAUCAACUAUCGCAGCCUUGAACGUACCUUAACAAACAGCGAGGCAAACGACCUUCAUGAUUCCAUUCGUCGGAAAUUGGUCGCCCAGUUCGGAGUUGAGCUGCGUUGA